CUUGGCUGCCGGCUCCACCUGAGCGCGGCUCCACGCCUGCUUCCGCCUGCAGAGCCAGCGCCGAGCUAGCGCCGAGCUAGCCCCUCUCGCUGCCCGCCCGGCCCGUGGGUCCCGCGCACCAUGCAGAGCUUCCAGUACCCGGAGGCCUAUCGCGACGAGGCUGCGGUACAUGAUUACCAUGGGUGUAAAAUAUGUGACCCGUAUUGCUGGCUGGAAGACCCUGAUGGUGAACAAACAAAGGCUUUUGUGGAGGCCCAGAAUAAGCUUACAGUGCCCUUUCUUGAGCAGUGUCCUGUCAGAGGGUUAUUCAAAGAACGAAUGACUGAGCUCUAUGACUAUCCCAAGUACAGUUGCCACUUCAAGAAAGGAAAAAGGUAUUUUCACUUUUACAAUACUGGACUACAGAACCAACGAGUAUUAUAUGUGCAAGAAUCCUUGGAUGCUGAUGCCAAAAUAUUUCUUGAUCCAAAUAAGCUUUCUGAUGAUGGCACUGUGGCUUUACGAGGUUAUGCAUUCAGUGAAGAUGGUGAAUACUUUGCUUAUGGUCUGAGUUCCAGUGGCUCAGACUGGGUAACUAUCAAGUUUAUGAAAGUGGACGGUCCUGAAGAGCUUCCAGAUACGCUGGAAAGGGUUAAAUUCAGUUGCAUGGCUUGGACCCAUGAUGGAAAAGGCAUGUUCUACAACUGCUAUCCAAAACAAGAUGGGAAAAGUGAUGGCACGGAGACCUCCACUAAUGUGCACCAGAAGCUGUUUUACCACAUCCUUGGGACAGACCAGUCAAAAGAUGUUUUAUGUGCUGAAUUUCCUGAUGAGCCAAAAUGGAUGGGUGGAGCUGAGGUAUCUGAUGAUGGUCGGUAUGUCUUACUAUCCAUACGAGAGGGAUGUGAUCCAGUGAACAGGCUGUGGUAUUGUGAUCUACAAAAGGAAUCAAAUGGUAUAACGGGAAUUCUUCAAUGGGUGAAGCUGAUAGACAACUUUGAUGGCGAGUAUGACUAUGUCACCAAUGAGGGAACGGUGUUCACUUUCAAGACAAACCGCCAUGCUCCAAAUUAUCGAUUAAUCAAUAUUGACUUCAGUGAUUCAGAUGAAUCCAAAUGGAAAGUGCUUGUCCCUGAGCAUGAGAGAGACGUUCUAGAAUGGGUUGCUUGUGUUAGGUCCAACUUCCUGGUUUUGUGUUACCUGCAUGAUGUGAAGAAUGUUCUACAACUUCAUGAUCUAGCCACUGGCACACAUCUCAAGACUUUUCCUUUGGAAGUCGGCAGCAUUGUGGGAUAUAGUGGCCGAAAAAAGGACACACAAAUAUUUUAUCAGUUUAUGUCCUUUUUAUCUCCAGGUAUUAUUUAUCACUGUGAUCUGACGAAAGAAGAACUGGAGCCAAGAGUUUUCCGGGAGGUGACUGUGAAAGGAUUUGAUCCUUCGGUUUAUCAGACAGUUCAGGUUUUCUACCCCAGCAAAGAUGGUACCAAGAUCCCAAUGUUUAUUGUUCACAAGAAGGGAAUUAAAUUGGAUGGAUCUCAUCCUGCUUUCUUGUAUGGCUAUGGGGGUUUCAACAUAUCUCUUACUCCAAGCUACAGCUUUCUGUUUUUCUCCUUCAGCGUAUCAAGACUUAUUUUUGUGAGGCAUCUGGGUGGUGUUCUAGCUGUGGCUAACAUCAGAGGAGGUGGUGAAUAUGGAGAGACCUGGCACAAAGGUGGUAUCUUAGCGAACAAACAAAAUUGCUUUGAUGACUUCCAGUGUGCAGCGGAAUAUCUUGUCAAAGAGGGAUAUACAUCUCCAAAGAAGCUGACUACUAAUGGAGGUUCAAAUGGGGGUCUCUUAGUGGCUGCUUGUGCUAAUCAACGCCCUGACCUGUUUGCUUGUGUGAUUGCUCAAGUUGGAGUAAUGGACAUGCUUAAGUUCCACAAAUACACCAUUGGUCAUGCCUGGACAACUGAUUAUGGCUGCUCUGACUAUAAAGAACAAUUUGAAUGGCUCAUCAAGUACUCUCCACUUCAUAAUAUUAAACUACCAGAAGAGGACGGAAUUCAGUAUCCCUCCACGUUACUUCUCACCGCAGACCAUGAUGAUCGCGUGGUCCCUUUGCACUCACUGAAAUUCAUUGCUACUCUGCAGUAUGUGGUGGGCCGAAGCCAUAAACAAACAAACCCACUUUUCAUUCAUGUUGAUACCAAGGCUGGGCAUGGAGCAGGAAAACCAACAGCUAAAGUUAUAGAAGAAGUGUCUGAUAUGUUUGCCUUUAUAGCACGAUGCCUAAAUCUUGAUUGGAUUGAAUAGGUAGAAUACACAUACUGUCUCAAUUAGAAAUCAAGGGCUUUUACACUAUUUGAAAACAACCAACCAGUUGGUGUAGUACUUACAUUUAAGAACUGCAGUUUAAUAUUUUAUUGAUCCAAUCUGCUGUGGAGUUUUGGUCUUUUAAGCUUCCUUCUUUUUAAUAUUUACUGGGGUUUCUUUUCUACUAGAUUCAGGUAUAUGUUUUAAAUAGCACCUUUGAAUAGAUAGCUGAAUUGCUGGCAAUGCUGUUGUGAAGAUUUAGAUUCCCGAGUUGGUGGUAGUUGAGCUUAUUUCAUAUAAAUCAAUUUUAAUGUAUUUUGCACCUAUAAACAUAUCCAGUUCACCUGUAAUUAAAUGUAAGUACUGUUCCUGUACAAACACUUGGAGAAUAAUAUCUGUUAUUUAAGAAUGUUAUGGUUAUUACAAAAUCUUUGCAAUUAAAAUGCUCAAGUACAAA